GAGGGCGGUGGAGGCGGGGCCGGGGCAGGGCGCUUACACCAGCGACCGCAGGCGGAGGCCGGCUCAGCUCCUGCGACCGAGCGGGAUCUCGCAGCGGCGGCCGAAUGCAGGAGAGCGUCCGGAAGCCGGGAGCCAUGGCGGCGGGAAACAUCAACGAGCUGCCCGAGACCAUCCUGCUGGAACUGUUCACGCACGUGCCCGCGCGCCAGCUGCUGCUGCGCUGCCGCCUGGUCUGCAGCCUCUGGCGCGACCUCAUCGACCUCGUCACCCUCUGGAAGCGCAAGUGCCUGCGGGAGGGCUUCAUCACCGAGGACUGGGACCAGCCGGUGGCCGACUGGAAGAUCUUCUACUUCCUACGCAGCCUGCACAGGAACCUCCUGCACAACCCGUGCGCAGAAGAGGGGUUUGAGUUCUGGAGCCUGGACGUGAAUGGAGGCGAUGAGUGGAAGGUGGAAGAUCUCUCCAGAGACCAGAGGAAGGAAUUCCCCAAUGACCAGGUCAAGAAAUACUUCGUGACUUCUUAUUACACCUGCCUCAAGUCCCAGGUGGUGGACCUCAAGGCCGAAGGGUAUUGGGAGGAGCUGAUGGACACCACACGGCCGGACAUCAAGGUCAAGGACUGGUUCGCAGCAAGGCCGGACUGCGGGUCCAAGUACCAGCUGUGCGUUCAGCUCCUGUCGUCAGCGCAUGCGCCUCUGGGGACCUUCCAGCCAGACCCAGCGAUGAUCCAGCAGAAGAGCGACGCCAAGUGGAGGGAGGUCUCCCACACCUUCUCCAACUACCCGCCCGGCGUCCGCUACAUCUGGUUUCAGCACGGCGGUGUGGACACCCACUACUGGGCCGGCUGGUACGGCCCGAGGGUCACCAACAGCAGCAUCACCAUCGGGCCCCGCUGCCCUGAUGUCUCCGAGCCCCCAUCCACAGAACGCUGACUGGUAAACUGUUGUCAGAGAAAGGCCGGGCGUGGGGAGGGGAGGUGGGCCAGGCUUCCCCAGAGCUCCUAGUUCAGCCUCACUCCCCGCCCCGCCUCUUUGUGGAGCCUCUCCAUUCGUGCCACCUUCACGUGCCGUGGACAGCCAGCUCUCCGUCCGAGGGCUCGACCUGAACAAUGAGGCCUUUAAGAGAGGGGCCCCUGAGGUUAGGGAGGUAUAGGGUGUCCCCCAGGGUCCUCCCCCAGACCCUCUGAGGGUGGGUCUCCAAGCUCAGAUGGCAGGCAGCCUAGAUCUGGGUUUUUCUACCUUCCCCUCCUGGGCCUUUCUCCGUGUGUCUUUUGGGGCCCCUUGAAGCAGGGGCAGAGUAAAGGGCAUCUGGCAAGACUGUGGCUGCCCUGGAUCAUGCAGAUGCUGGCAGGUGACUGUGGAGCUCGGACAGGCCUGAGAGGGGAAGGAGGGCUCUGCUGUUCCCAAGCUCUCCCUCUGCCCACUGGCUCUGAGUGGUGGCCGAGGCCCAGGGGCUCCUGCCUGGUCUGAGACGGGCAGGCCCAGGGAGGGGUAGAGCCCACGCCAGGUCUGGGCUGUCCUCACCAUCGGUGACGCCCCAGAAGCCAGAUGGGGUGGGGCUCUCCAGAAAACCUCCAGAAUCCCGUACGUGGUAAUGCAGGGCAGGUGGGUGCAGGAUUGGGCUGUGAUUCUGAGAGCUAGGACGUAUGGGCAUAGGAUGAGUGGGGUGGGGGUUUUCAAGGACCACCCGUCCACCUGCAUGCCUGGACCAGGCCCCCACCUCGCCCUGGGAACUGCCAUUCACAGGGCCUCCCCGCCCUGCCCUGCGCCUCUCCCUCCUGCUGGAAGGACACCAGCGCUCUGAUCCCACCCCUGCCGCAUGCAGCCAAAUAAAAGGCCAUCCCAGCCCAA